AUAUGCAAAUGGGGGAUUGAAGAGUCAUUUGAUUUUUAUGAACAACCCCGAAGUGGGUACUGGCAAGAAAGUUUCGAGUUCCACGGCAGAAACCCUUGACUCCAAAUUCCCCAAUGGAUUAUUUCAAGAAGGGAGCGGAGAUUGAGAUUAGCAGCGACGAAGAUGGCUUCCGAGGCGCCUGGUUUGCCGGAACGGUGGUCAAACCGCCGGCAAAGAAGAAAAACAAAACCCUAGUGGUUGUCGAGUACAAAACCAUAAUGGCUGACGAAUCUGGAGCGAAUCCGCUGAGAGAGACCAUGGAUGUGUUGCAGUUGAGGCCCCCGCCGCCUCGAGAGCGCUCUAGAACCUUCCAGAUCAGCGAGGAGGUCGACGCGUAUUACAAUGAUGGGUGGUGGGAGGGUGUGAUCACCGAAGCUCAUGAAAAUUCGCGGUUCGCAGUGUUCUUCAGGACUUCCCGGGAGCAGUUGGAGUUUUCUGAGAACGACUUGAGGCUUCAUCGCGAAUGGAUUAAUGGGAACUGGGUUCCGCCAUUGGAAGAAGAGAAAGUUAAAACAGAAGAGAAGUCAGCAGUUGAUGUUAGCAGUGUGUUUAGUGAAGGGACACUGGUUGAGGUCAGCAGUGAUGAAGAUGGUUUUCAGGGUGCCUGGUUUGCUGCAACUAUUGUUAAAGCAAUAGGGAAGGACAAACUCAUGAUUGAGUACAAAAGCCUAAGGACCGAUGAUGAUACUGAUUUUUUGAGAGAAGAGGUUGACGCUUUGCACAUUAGGCCUUAUCCUCCAGAAACUGUAGUGGUUGACCGUUUCAAUCUGCUUGAAGAGGUCGAUGCUUUGUACAAUGAUGGAUGGUGGGUGGGCGUGAUUUCCAAAGUUCUUAGUCAAUCAUGUUACAUAGUCUAUUUCAGGAGCACCAAUGAAGAAAUGAAGUUUGACCACUCUGAUUUAAGGCUUCAUCAAGAUUGGAUUGAUGGCAAAUGGGUUCAGGCUUCCCAGGCUCUGGAGUUGUGAUUAUUGAAGAAGUGCAAGAGGCUUGUUCAUACUGCAGAAUCAGCAUAUUUUUCAUCUUGAGUUUGAUUGUUUAUUGCCUUUGAUUUGAGGGCCUUUUGUGUUAAGGUGGCAGCAUAAUAUGUGUGCCUCCUCUGAUUUGAAUUUCAGAUUUCUCCAGUUCUCCUAUCAGACAAGCUGUCUAGUGGCCUUUAUAUCCAUACAGUUAGGCAUUCUUAUGGAUUUCCUUUUUGUAAUUGUGGAGUCUCUUUAUUGCAACCCUUACCACUUCACAAUUAUUACAGCUAUAACUUUUCAUGUAAUUAUUUCUAGUUCAUACAUAUACAUAGACAUUGUUUAUGAGAUCAAGUGUUGAGUUUUUCUCCUUA